CUAGCCUGCAAACUGGUAUCUGAUCUCCAUCUUCCUUCCUUGAGGUUUUUCAAUACGAGGUCGGAUUCGUUACCAGAACUCAUCAAUGGCUCCUAAAGGUGACAGUACGAAAAAGUCUGAUUCAAAGGCUCAGGCUUUGAAGACUGCUAAGGCUGUGAAAUCUGGUUCUUCUACCUUCAAGAAGAAGGCUAAGAAGAUCAGAACAACUGUCACCUUCCACAGACCAAGAACAUUGAAGAAGGAGAGAAACCCAAAGUAUCCUCGUAUUAGUGCACCUUCAAGAAACAAGCUAGACCAGUAUCAAAUUCUGAAAUAUCCAUUAACUACUGAGUCUGCAAUGAAGAAGAUUGAGGACAAUAAUACUUUGGUUUUCAUUGUCGAUAUUCGUGCCGACAAGAAGAAGAUUAAGGAUGCUGUAAAAAAGAUGUAUGACAUCCAGGCAAAGAAAGUCAACACAUUGAUCAGGCCUGAUGGAACCAAGAAGGCUUAUGUCCGCUUGACUCCUGAUUAUGAUGCUUUGGAUGUUGCAAACAAGAUUGGUGUUAUCUAAACCCAUCAUGCCUUGCUAUAGUUUUCUCUCUUCGGAAUUUUUUUGUUUUGUUUUAUUUUUGGUUUUGACCAGAUUGGUGUUAUCUAAAUUAGUUCACAACAGAAAUUUCAUUUUUUCAUGUUUAAUAUCAAGUCAUUUUUUUCCUGGAUGGACAAACCCUUGCUUAUUAGACAACUUAUACAUGAAUCAGUCUGUCUUAUGUAUCAUCACAAGGCAUUUGAACUUU